CGGGUGUGUCUUAUAGAGCGAAAAAUAUGGCAGCUUGAUUCUUAAGAACAAAUUAGUGUGGGAGGGUAGUUUCACAACCAAUUUGACAUAUAUAUAGUAUAUCAAUCAUAUUUAACAAUGGAUGAAGAAAAUAGGUUUUCAUCCAUAAGUAUUUCUAUUCAUAAAACAUAAUGGGGUAGGAUAUGCAGUUCCAUAUCUUAAAUACUCUUGGUUCUAUCCUCUAAGUAUAUAUUUCUAGUCCUUGUGAUUGCAAAGUUUGAAAUACACUAAUCUUGAUUGUUUUGUACAGUGGUACCUCUGGUUGCGAACGGGAUCCGUUCCGGAGCCCCGUUUCCAACAUGAGCAGAACGCAACGCACGUCUGCACGUGCAUGGGUCGUGAUUCGCCGCUUAUGCGCGUGCACAUGGCGUCAUUUUGCACGUCUGCGCAUGUGCGAGCGGUGAAACCUGGAAGUAACCCUUUCCAGUACUUCUGGGUCGCCGUGGGACGUAUCUUGAAAGAAUGUACAAUGAAGCGGACGUAACGAGGUAUGACUGUAUAUUCGUUGGUCUUGCCUUAUGAGAUAGAUAAUGUAACCUAGGUCCAAGUGAAACAAGGGCAGGGAUACCAGAGCAACAAGAUGGGGCAGCUGAAAAUAGUCUGUAUUGAUGAUAUAUUCUCACCCCACACUUGUUUUAUUUCUUCACAUUUUCAGUUGUAAAUGCCUUUCACAGACUAAAGUUAUUUCACAACCCAAUCUCUGUAUGUUCACUCAGAAGCCCCUUCCACUGUGUACUGUGGGACCUACUCCCAAGUAAGUGUGCACAGGUGUGUGCUAUCUAGGCGUUAGCCCUGUUUAACAUCUAAAUAAACACGUGCAGGAGGGGGUUGUUAAUCUCUCAUCUUUAUUUUCUCAUUGAAAUGUAACCUUUUUGCUUUGGUAUAUUUUCCUGUGUUAGAUGAAGCACUCAAAGCCAACGCAGUGCUCUGGGCAGGGUGAAAGAAGGAGCUGGGAUGAAGAAAAGAGCACACAUAGCCAAAAGCGCAGGCGGAAGUCACAUAGCAGUGAAAGAGAAGGCAGAUACUAUAAAUCACUUAAAAGUGCCAACAGUUACUUGGAAGAUAGAUCCAUAACUAAGAGAGACCGUCAUGACCGAAGAUAUGUUGAGGAGUAUAUAAAUGACUUCCGUGAUGUAGAUGACUAUAAGCAUUGCAGAGAGUAUGAAAAGAGUCGCCAACAUCAUUUUAGCAAAUCCUCUGGUCAAAGUGGGAAAAGUAGUCAUAAAAGAAAGCAUAAGAAACAUGACCCCCAUGACAGCUUGUGUUCGAAGAGUCACCGAAGGAAAAGAUCCAGGAGUGUAGAGGAUGAGGAGGGUCACCUGAUCUGUCAAAGUGGAGACGUACUAAGAGCAAGAUAUGAAAUUAUUUCAACUUUAGGGGAAGGUGCUUUUGGAAAAGUAGUAGAAUGCAUUGAUCAUCACAUGAAAGGGAUGCAUGUAGCUAUAAAAAUUGUGAAAAGUGUUGGUAGAUACCGAGAAGCAGCUCGUUCAGAAAUUCAGGUAUUGGAGCACUUAAAUGCCUUGGAUCCUGGCAGCAGAUUCUGUUGUGUACAGAUGCUGGAAUCGUUUGAACAUCAUGGCCAUGUUUGCAUUGUAUUUGAGCUGCUGGGACUCAGUACUUAUGACUUUAUUAAAGAAAAUAGCUUUUUGCCUUUUCCUAUUGAACUUAUUAGGAAGAUGGCUUAUCAGAUUUGUCAUUCUAUAAACUUCUUGCAUCACAAUAAGUUGACUCAUACAGAUCUGAAACCUGAAAAUAUUUUAUUUGUAGAAUCUGAUUAUAUAGUAAAGUAUAAUUCUAAAAUGAGGCGGGAUGAACGGACACUGAAAAAUACAGAUAUUAAAAUUGUAGACUUUGGAAGUGCAACAUAUGACAAUGAACAUCAUAGCACUUUAGUGUCUACGAGGCACUACAGAGCACCUGAAGUUAUAUUAGCCCUUGGGUGGUCCCAACCCUGUGAUGUCUGGAGCAUAGGAUGCAUUCUGAUUGAAUAUUACCUUGGUUUUACAGUCUUUCAGACACAUGACAGUAAGGAACAUCUGGCAAUGAUGGAGAGGAUACUAGGACCUUUACCCACACACAUGAUUAAAAAAUCAAGGAAACGUUACUUCCACCAUGACCAGUUGGACUGGGAUGAACAUAGUUCUGCAGGUCGCUAUGUUAGGAGGCGGUGUAAACCACUAAAGGAAUUCAUGCACUGUCAUGAUAAAGACCAUAAAAAUCUUUUUGACCUUAUUCGUAGGAUGUUGGAGUAUGACCCUGUCAAGAGAAUUACUCUAGAUGAAGCCCUGGAGCAUCAUUUUUUUGACCCUUUAAAAAAUAGAUAAACUCAUUUGAUCUAUCUUCCUCCAAAGAGACGAUAAGACUGUGUCAGUUAACAACAUAAUGUGAGAAGAUGUAAAUAAUAAAUUAUUUUUUCAAUUUAUUUUGUAAAUAUUACCAUAAUUUUUUUGUAUCGAUGCUGUGGCUCUCUUGUUGAACAGUUGUGGUAUUACUGAUCAUGGAUGCAUUAAUGUACACAUUAAAUUUUUUCAUUUUCUACAA